AUGGUGAAGUUAUUUGUGGGGAAUUUGCCUGAGGGUAUUGACGCCAACAGAUUGAAGCAAGUAUUCCAGCAAUUCUGUCGAGUCACGGAGUGCGACGUUGUUAAAAACUACGCUUUCGUUGUAGGAUUUUUAUUUCUCAAUAGAUUUUGAAAGUUUUUUUUUUUGAAAGAAAACUCAUUAUUGUCAGCUAAGAAAGGUAAAAUAUUAUUUUUUUAAUAUCCGAAAACGUUCUUAUCCUGACACUGGUAGUCGUUUUUAAAUCUAUUAUUUUUCGCAAGAUCGCGUCGGCAUAGUCUGUUUCGGUUUUGUACAAUAUAUUUUACGCCAAUGGUUUAUCACGCGAUGAUCCUUUGAUAGCGCUGCAAUUUUUGAAUUAUUUUUCUAGCAAAGUACAUGUUAAAUUCAACCGCGCUUCGCUCUAAGGUGUUCGUUUUUUUUUUUUGAAGAUAAUAAUCGUAAAUUAUCACUGAGAAAAUUCUAAAGUGCUUUCCGCGCGAGAUGGUCCCGUUUUAACAGAACUGAAAAGAAAAAUCUAUCGUAAACACAAAUUUUUGCUCUACAAAGCUUUUAAAAAGGCAGAAAAAGUCAAGGUCUUGAAGCGAAAAUGCCCAUUAUUGUUCUAAUUUGGUAUAUGGUAUUUUCGGCGGAAAUAAAAAACUUGAUAAGCUGGUGCAGAACAGGCUAUAACCGAUAUCCAAUUUGGUAGCAACUUUUUGUUGAUUUUUCUAUAUAUAUGUCAUAAAACGAAACUAUAUAGCGCGAGAAUUAAGGUCAUCUGGUACAUCAAAGAAAACACUGGCCAAUGAAAAAAUUUUGAUUGACUUGGUUGAAAAUCCGAAAUAAUUCCCAAAAUUUGAAUUAACUCCCAAUCACAUAUAGAGGAUCUUCCUUGUGAUUGAUACACCGUGAUUUCAUUUAAGCAUGUCGAAGAGACGGAUGUUGAGCCUGUGAUACAAAGGCUGAAUGGGUACAAUUUAGACGGAAAGGCGAUUCAUAUUCAAAAGUAACGUAUUUCGCAUGUUCAUUUUUCCAAUGAAAAUCUAAGAUCGACGUCGAAGCUACGGCCUCAGCCUGGAAUGACUAACAAAUGCUUUCGGUGUGGAUCGGAAGAACACAAAACGCCUCACUGCCCUCAAGAUCCAAAUAAUCAGUUUGCAUUUCCAUUUCAGCCCCUUUCUGUACAUCUGCAUUUCAGAGUUACACAGACGUUUAAAAUUGAUCUGACAAGAGGUUUGAAACGGCCAGGAGAAAGGUUUGCUUCUGAAGACGAAAUACUUGAAGAUAGUUGGAAAUAACUCUUUUUUAAAAUUUAGCAGUGCAGAUGAUCUGCUUGUGAAGAAAGUUUCGCCUUUCAGUCAACAAACGGCUGUCGAUUCGGAGAUUCCCCAACCUGCUGAUCCGUUCGUUGCCAGCUGUUUUCACUUUUUUCAAAGUGGUGUCUUCAGGGAUCUCUUGCCCUUGUAUCAGGAGUACUCGCUAGCGCGUACACGCUAUGUGUAUUACCGGGAUCGAUUGCUUAAGGAAAUCGACGCCAAAAAACUCAGCAUUCCUCAAGGAUAUACUGUGCCCGUGCCAAUGGCGGCCAUCUCCAGUUCUGGCACCCAGUACUGGGCUCUUUUUCUUCUUGAUUCACUAAAUAAUCACUCAUCGUGUCGAUCGUAUUUAGCGUGCAUUUUUUGUUUAUGAUUCAUUUCCUCCCAGGACCAGGUUACAGUUUUAAACAUCGAUCCUAUUCUAUAGUCUGUUUUCUUGCUUGAUGAGAUUCCAAAAGCACGUGAAAGAUCUUGAAAAGGGGCUUGGUCUUGAUUCCUUCAACAGUUGAAGUAUGGCAGAACUUUAAAAAAAAAAAGAACUUUAAACAAAUUUUAUUUUUUCAACAAUGAAAAUUUAAUAGACCAGAGGGAAGGAUAUAUGCUGGUUUUUUCAAGAUCUUUUUCAAAUUUUCUACAGCGUACGCUUGACUAAGAAAUUUCGUUAUACUAUCAAACCUUGCUGUCUCAUUUGUCGGCUCUGUUUCUUCUCGAUUCAGAAGACCAGAACAAUAGCGUCCCACGCAUUUCCAGAUUGAUUAGAUAUAGACUCUUAUAGCGGGAGAAAAGCUUAAAGUCAACUUUUUGGUUCCGUCUCCCUCAAAGUUAGCAAUCUUCGUGCACGUGGUUAGCUCAACUGCUCUUUUAUAUCGUGAUUCUCGUUGAUUUCGUCUAUUUCGUACGUCUACAACGCGUCGCGUCGAUUCGGCUCUAUCGUUCCGUCGUUGUUUACCUUUUUUUAAAACUUUCUCAAUAUUUCAACCGGAAUUUCGGAAGUUGUUUAAUAACUUUCCCGUCGUUCAGAUUGUCGGCGUCGGCAGUAUCUUACCAACCAUCGAACGCCUCUCCGCUUGUCCAGCCCACUGCUCCGUAUAUCCAGUCGACUCCAACCGCUUCUCCUUAUGCGGCUAACGGCUCUCUCAGAGUGUGUAAUUUUUCAUAUUUUUUUGCAAACUGAAAAGUUUGGCUCGCAAGAAUAUUAGUUUUUUUAUAUCUAAUAAGAGAAUGAAUUUUUUUACUUCCCAGAUUUUUCAAUAUUUUUAUUAAAAUCUCUUUAUUAUUUUGUGGAAGAAGGUUUCUCACAUAGUACUAAUUCUAGAGUUUUUCCAAUUUAGAGUGAUUCCGAUAAGCAAAGUCCUAUAAAUACAAUCAAAAAUCAAGUUUUAGGCUCCUUAUGCGACGUCGUCACCCUAUGCGCAACCUGUGGUUUCGAACUCAUCGCCCUAUAUUCAACCUGUAGUUGUGAACUCCUCGCCCUACACGCAACCUGUAGUUGUAAACUCCGCGCCCUACACGCAACCUGUGGUGACGAACUCAUCGCCUUAUACUCAACCUGGGGCUUCGAACAGCCCGGCACCUGCGGUCAGGGUUUCUUUUUAUUCGAAAAAAAAAAUCUCUUUUUAAAGUCAUUUUUCACACUAAUACUCUGAAGUCCUAUAUUCUUUUUCUUUCUAAUACAUUGUUCUUUUAGCCCUUCGCGUCUUCGUUGAUGAACGUCAUGACCACUCAGCAGUACCUGCAACAGCAACAACAACUCCAGCAGCAACAACAACAACAAGAUUCGAGAUCCCGGAUCGGCUAG